UCCCCCCACAUCCGCCGUCUGCCGCACCGCGCACGACGCAUCGUUUUCUUUCAUAACGGAGUGCAUAGAAGACGCCAUUUUGAAGAAGCAACCUCUUUUGUGUUCUACUGCUAAAUAAGUAUUUUUGUAGUUGUGGUGUUAAAUUUCGUUUGUAGUGUCUCUUAAAACCGUAAAAAUUGAGUCGGAAACUAAAAUGCCGGGCGCCGGUACUUUCAAAAUCUUCGUCGGGAAUCUAUCCGAUAAAACAACGGACGCCGAUCUUAGACCGCUAUUCGAGAAAUACGGUACGGUCGUAGAAUGCGAUAUCGUCAGAAAUUACGGUUUCGUGCACAUGGAAAACGAGCAAGUCGGCCGCGAAGCAAUUCAAAACUUAAACGGCGAGUUAGUACAUGGUCAGGCGAUUAAAAUAGAGGCGGCCAAGAGCCGAAAGGCGCCGUCGACGCCGACCACGAAAAUAUUCGUCGGUAACCUAACGGACAAGACGCGCGCGCCGGAGGUCCGCGAGCUGUUUCAGAAGUUCGGCACGGUGGUAGAGUGCGAUAUCGUGCGUAACUACGGCUUCGUGCACUUGGACGCGACGGGCGACGUGAACGAGGCUAUCAAAGAGCUGAACGGUAUGAUGGUGGACGGCCAGCCCAUGAAGGUGCAGCUGUCGACAAGCCGCGUCCGCCAGCGGCCUGGCAUGGGCGACCCGGAGCAAUGCUACCGGUGCGGUCGCGGCGGCCACUGGUCCAAGGAGUGCCCCAAGGCGCUGGGCCCAGACCGCAACGGUUUCCGCGAUCGAGCUUUCGGCCGCGACCCCUACCCCCCGCCGCCGCCGCCGCCCUUCCUCCGCGAUCGCAUGAUGGGAGGAUUCGGGGAUCCAUAUGAUGGGUACUACGACCGUGCGAGGUUUGAUUCGCCCAGGGAACUGUUUGAGAGGAGAUAUCCAGUGGGCACUUCCCGGGGACUAGAGCUGGGAACGUCGCGAGGUGCGCGAGGCGACUUCGUGUCACCCCCGCUCCGGCGCGAGCCAAUGCCCCCCAUGCCCAGUCUGCCGCCGCUACGCAGCAGUAUGGGCUCCAUGAGAUCCUCAUAUGACACAAUGUUCAGCCGCAGGAGUCCACCUCGAGGGCCACAGAUGUCCCGAGGUAUGUAUGAAGAUUUUAGCAGAGACACAUUUGAUGACAGAAGACCGGGUCUUCGAGGUCCCUCCCCCUCCAGGAGAUACGCGCCUUACUAGAUAUUUGUGGUCAAUGUACUAAUGUGAUGACAAUUGACUGUCCGCUGAAUCAUUGAGUUGUUAUUGGGACAAUAAUUUGUAAGGAUGAAUGCGAGUGACUUAUAUGCAAUCUAAUAUUAGAAUUAAAUAUAUGGUUAAAUAGACUGCUAACUUGAAGUAAUGUAAAUAACUAAAAUAAAUCUCAUUUUAAGUAA